ACAGUGUUCCAUAGCUGACUUCUUUGAACACGUUGUGCAUGAUGAAUGAAAUAUGCAUCGAUACGAUAGAAUGCAUGGUAGGACUACGAUCAUCCAAGAAAAUUCCAGUGGACGGUCAAGAAUGGUCCUGCCGAGUUGUAAUGGAACCUCCCCUAAACACAAUAUCCGUAUAUAUAACCCCGCAGCCCUUCUCUUCCUUCUCUUCGGGAAACCAGUACUACCAUACUCGUGACCCCACCUUUUGCGAGACGAACUUGGUCACUAGUGGCGGUGCCAUUGUGGUUUGCCUUUUCCAGUUUGUCUCAACCAUGGUUGAGCGUGUGGCCUGGCAAUCGAAGGGGAUGAGCUGUACAUCAUACUUCAUGAUGCUUAUUCCAUCCUCCAUGAUCACCUGGCUUGCGUGCGUUGUGUGGUCCGGAUCGAUUCUGUUAGCGUCUCAAAUUAAAUAACCCAGGACGAAAGUCUCAGUCUCUUGACCGAGCCUACGUAUCACUUGUCAAGUUGUGUUAUGUAGUAGUUACGUUGAAUUGAAAUAGUUGACUCAUUUACUUCCAGCAAGGUCAAGCCAAUCAUGGCGCCCUCUUCCGUCAACGCACCUCCA